UAACAAAGUUGCUGUAUGGAUAAAUCAGAUAUUAGCUGUCGUCAAAGUAUCAACAUUGUUGACCGUGGUGAUUAUUGGACUUACCACAAUAAAAAACCACCUAUCGCCUAACAAUCUUUUUGGUAACGCGCGUGGAUUAGCAUAUUAUAAUCAUUAUGCUAGUUCAUUGUUAAAGGUCCUAUUUGCUUAUUCAGGAUGGAAUACGCUUAAUU